AUGGGAUACUUAAAACUUUUGCUGGUUGAGAAUUUCAAAUCCUGGCGGGGACAGCAAUGCAUUGGACCAUUCAAGAAAUUCACUUGUAUCAUUGGUCCUAAUGGUUCAGGGAAAUCAAAUGUAAUGGAUGCCCUCAGCUUUGUAAUGGGUGAAAAAACAUCUAAUUUAAGAGUGAAGCACAUUCAGGAACUGAUACAUGGAGCUCAUGUUGGAAAGCCAGUUUCUUCAAGUGGAAGUGUAACAAUGGUGUAUGUAGAAGAAAAUGGGGAACAGAAAAAAUUUUCAAGGAUUAUUCGAGGCAAUGGAUCUGAGUUUCUUGUUAAUGAUACUGCUGUCAACCGAUCUAUGUAUACAAAGGCACUUGCUGAAAUUGGCAUAAUUGCAAGAGCAAAGAAUUGUCUAGUUUUUCAGGGUGAAGUUGAAGCAAUUGCAAUGAAGAAACCCAAAGAAAGAACACAGCUUUUUGAACAAAUUAGUAACUCGGGAGAGCUUGCUGCUGAAUAUGCAGAAAGGAAGAGGGAUUUGCAAAAGGCAGAAGAAGAUGCACAGUUCAGUUACAACAAGAAGAAAAAUGUGGCAGCUGAGCGCAAACGUGCAAAAUUAGAGAAAGAAGAGGCAGAGCAUUAUCAGGAGUUGUUUGAAGAAUUGACAGAACAUAAAAAGCAGUUGCAACUUCUCCGAUUGUAUCACAAUGAGCAAAAAAUCAAUUUUCUCUAUAAUAAACUGGCUGGAAAAACUAAGAUUAUUGAUACUAAGAAAAUGGCUGUUUCUGAUGCAGAAGAAAUCAUGAAAGCCAAGAAAUCUGCUUUUGGGAUGUUAACUAGAAGCAGUCAGCGCAUUGAAAAAGAAAUUAGGGCUCUAGAAAUUACAUUAAACCAAAAGAGGUCUCAGUAUAUUAAAGCAAAGGAAAAAACUUCUCACCAAAUUAAAAAAGUAGAUAUGGCUAAAAAUAAGUUAAGAGAUCAUAUGAAAGAGCAAGCCAAGCAAGAAGAAGGUAGAAGGGAAUUGGAGCUGGAGUUGAUUGAGAUUGAUAAAGUUUGGAAAGCAUUUGAAAAAAGGGUUGAAGAAGAGGCACAAUAUAGAGAAAGAGAAGUUUUCCUGGAAGAAAGUCAGGUAAAGCAGUAUCAGGAAUUGAAAGAAUUAGUUCAUAAAAAAGUAGCCACAUUAACUCAGCAACGGGAAAAACUGCUAUGGGAGCAGAAGGCAGAUAAAGAAAAGAUGUCAUUUGAUCGGCGGAGACAAAAAGAAACUGAGGAAAAUAUAAAGCGUGUCUUAGAACAGAUAGAAGAUAAUGAAAGAAGAAUGGAAAAGCUUGUGGAAUACAGUAGGACAUGCUCGGAAUCUUUAGAAGAAAAAAAGCAAGAAGAAGAAAAACUGACAAAUGAGAUUCAAACUUCAAAGAUCAGAAUAGGCAAAAUAAAUGAAGAACUGAGUAAAGUUGUUAGUGAUUUGCAGAAUGCUAGAAUUGAUGUCCAUGAAGGAAAACGCCAGCAGAAGAGGGCAGAAAAUUUGGAGAGCCUCAAAAGAUUAUAUCCUGAUUUUGUGUUUGGAAGACUCGUAGACUUGUGUCACCCCAUCCAUAAAAAAUACCAGCUUGCUGUCACCAAAGUUUUUGGCAAAUACAUGACUGCAAUUGUUGUGGCCUCAGAAAAGGCAGCUAGAAAUUGCAUUCGUUUCCUCAAGGAAGAAAGAGCUGAGCCGGAAACGUUCCUUCCUCUGGAUUACCUUGAAAUUGAACCAAUCAAUGAACAGUUAAGAGAAAUAAGAGGAGCAAAACUGCUGAUAGAUGUCAUACAAACAUCUUUUCCUCCAUUGAAGAAAGUUAUUCAGUUUGUCUGUGGAAAUGGCCUUGUAUGCGAAACAGUAAAGGAAGCGAAACAUUUAGCAUUUGAUGGCCAACAGCGACAGAAAACAGUGGCUCUUGAUGGAACUUUGUUUUUGAAAUCUGGAAUAAUUUCUGGGGGCUCAAGCUAUUUGAAACUGAAGGCUAAAUAUUGGGAAGAAAAAGAAGUAAAUGAACUUAAGGAACGACGGGAGAAGCUAAUGGAUGAACUAAAGACCUUACUGAAAAUUAAACACAAGGAAGCUGAUUUAAAGCAUUUACAAGCUCAGUGCCAAGGAAUUCAAACACGAUACAAAUAUUCACAAAAUGAACUAGAGAUUCUUAAGAAAAAACGUCUGGCUAAUUUCUAUAAGGAAAAAUCUAUGCUGGAAAGUGAAAUGGUUAAUAUACAGUCGCAGUACACCAUGCUGAAUGAAGGAGUCUUACAAAGAACUGAAAAAACGAAUGAGCUAAAAAAACAAAUUAACGAGGUGGAAGACAAUGUUUUUCAUGAAUUUUGUGAAGAAAUUGGUGUAGAGAACAUUCGUGUAUAUGAAAAAGAACACAUACAAAAGCAAGAAGAAGUUGACAACAAGAGAUCUGAAUUUGAAAACCAGAAGACAAGACUAAAUACACAACUUGAGUUUAUUUACAGUCUUGUAGAAAAGAUGGUAAAGAAAAAUAGCGUGCUAAAGGCAGAUAUUCAAAAAGAAGAAGCUGAAAUAAUUCACCUGAAAAAGGAUGAAGAAAACUUUUUACAAAUGGUAAAUGAAGCCAUGAAAGAAUUACAGCAGCUUAGGGAAAGGCAGAAUAUUAAUAAAAGUGAUAUUGCAAGAGCACAGAGUGAAGUUGAAGAAUCAAGGAAGGCGCUAUUAACUUUAAAUAGAGAGUUAGCAACAUUACAAAAGGAAGCAGGAGCUAUUGAGACCUCUCUGGAACAGAAGAAAUUAGAGAGGCAUAACAGGCUUCUUGAUUGCAAGCUACAAGAUCUAAGGAUAAGCCUUCUUUUGGGAUCUCUGGAUGAAAUUAGUGAAAUUGAGCUGGAACCUGAUACUGAAAGCACAGAAGUCUCUGCAGAUAUCUAUGAAAGAGAGGAGGCACUUCAGAUAGACUAUAGCAGUCUUAGCGAACAGUUAAAGGAAUUGCAAUCGGACAAAGAGAUUGAAAGUCACUUAGAACAACUUCAGCAAGAAGUGGCAUGUAAAGAAAAUGUUCUGUUAAAAACAACAGCACCAAAUCUCAAAGCACUGGAGAAGCUUCAUAUUGUUACAGGCAGAUUCCAAGAAUCUGUCAAUGCAUUUGAAGUCCAUAGGAAGGAAGCCAGAUUAUGUAGGCAAGAAUUUGAAAAAGUGAAAAAAAAGAGAUACGAGAGAUUCAGCCAGUGUUUUGAGCAUGUGUCAGUCGCUAUUGAUCAGAUCUACAAGAAACUUUGUAGAAACAACAGCGCUCAGGCCUUCCUUAGUCCAGAGAAUCCCGAAGAACCGUACUUGGGAGGCAUCGGCUAUAACUGUGUAGCUCCUGGGAAACGAUUUAUGCCAAUGGACAACCUGUCAGGUGGAGAAAAGUCUGUUGCAGCUUUGGCUCUAGUGUUUGCGAUGCACAGUUUUAGGCCUGCUCCAUUUUUUGUUUUAGAUGAAGUUGAUGCAGCUUUAGAUAACACAAACAUUGGAAAAGUAUCAAGCUUUAUUAGGCAGCAAUCAGAAGAAAGGUUUCAGAUUAUAAUUAUUUCUUUGAAGGAAGAAUUCUAUUCCAAAGCAGAUGUUUUAAUUGGAGUCUGCCCUAAACAAGAUGACUUUAUGUUUAGUCAGAUCCUGAUCCUCGAUCUUACUCGGUAUCCAGACUCUGAAGAGAAUGAAAGGCUGAAAUCGAAGAAGAGCUUUCUGCUUUAAUGCCUGUUGGUUCUACUAAGUUACAGCUCUAGAUAAAGUUAUAUGAUUCCUGUUGCACUGGUUAAAUGUGUAGUUAGUAAAUCACUUACUUCAGUUUAAAACAAUGCCAUGAAAUACUUAAUGUAGAACUGUUAAACUUUCUGUAUUAUGUCAUUCAAGUAUACUUUUUGGGGGUGAACGUUGAUUGUUCAUAUCUGCAGUAUCUGAGACCCAAACUAGAAAUUCAAACAAAGGAAUAGUAGUACAUGUUGUAAUAAAAGCAAAAAAGGGGGGAUUGAAGAAAACAAGACUUUCUAUUGUUUUUCUUCUUGUAGUUUCAUCAUUAACCUGAAAGAUCCUACAUACAUACAUAUUGCCAGCACAUAUAAAACUAUCAGAGACUAAAGCAGUAGGAUUAAGACUUAAGUACUAUAUAGGGAAGGGCAGUAUAGAAGGCUAUAAGGCUUUGGUUGCUUUUGUGUAUUAGUUCUAUCUUUUAAUUGUGCAUUUUUUAUUUGAUCAGGGCUUUGGGGUGAUAUUAGAAAUAUCUGCAUAUACGUCAUAACUGCCUAUCAUUCUGGUCACCAAUUGCAGCAUUUCAAGGGAAUGCUAAUCUAGUUUCAGAUGAACAUCUAUAGACAGUGUGACGUACUGAUUGGAGAUUUCAAAUAAUAGUUCUUGAUGUAGAACGUCCACUGUAUACACUUGCAUUUGAAGAUUGUUAAGUAAAACAAUUCUAGCUUUCAGAUAUCAAGUUUCGUAUCUGCUAUGAGUCUUUUCUAUAUGGAGAGCUAAACUUUAUUGCAAGCUGGAGUGAAAUUUACCAUCUAAUUUCAUAUUGACAUAAAUUUAAUUAUACCUUACUAGAUUUUUAUUACAUGACAUUACAUUGGUAAAGGAUGCAUUAUGCUUUAUAUCAGUUCA